AUGCUUGAUAUCCGUCUCGAAGGGGAGGACACCAUGGGAGCCUUGAGUCCUCCGAGAGCUCCGAAAGGCUUUUUCUCCUUGCCAGCGAAGGUUCGCAAGCGCAUCUUCGAGAGCAUACUCAUUGUGACGCACCCCAUCUAUCUUUUUCAAGGAAACGGAACGCAGGUAGAGGUAUUUGCGCCAGAGAAGCCUCGAAAUUGGCUCGCGCCCUUGCAAACCAGCCGGCAAAUGCACAAGGAGGCCAGCGCGGUGCUCUAUGGCUCCAACCUCUUUAAUCUCGUGGACACAACGGAUAAGCAACCCGACCUGCUGCAUUCUUUCCUUGCCUGCAUUGGGUCUUUGAACUCCGGUGCUCUUACCCACUUAUGUAUCAAGUUUCCCGGCGUGGAGAAAUCGCAGGAUCGUGCUCAGCGAUAUACGCUGACAAAAGAAAGCCUGAGCAGUCUGUAUCUUCUCCAGCAAGAGUGCACUUGCUUAAAGACGCUCGAGGUCUUCAUCUAUGGCCAGAAAGCCAGUGGCCUGGCCGAGGUAAUAGAGGACAGCCCGAUUUUAGCGACUAAGGCACUGUCACAAAUUGAUGCGCAGCUGAACGAAAUUGACUCCCUCGUAAAUGUCACUGUCAGAGUUUACGACAGAAGUAUGGAGGCGUCAUUAAAGCAACCCAUGCAAGAUCUUGGCUGGACCGUCUUACGCGCCGACUAA